AAGAUGUUAUGUAAUGUUUGUAAUCCGACUCCUUUACUUCUUCCCCGCAGAGCAAAAUUAAAAAAAGUGCGAUUAACAAUUAAAGAUUGGGUAAAGAUCCCUUUUUUGUCAGCUGUUUCCAAGGUUGGUGGUCCUGCUGUGCGCUUCCAUCUUCGUCUCACCCACUAGAUUUCGUUAUUUCCAUUCAGUCUGUCAGUGUCCGUGUCAAUCGGUGGUUGUUUUCGUGCCCCCUUGGAGCAAUAUGUGUUAAUAUUGGCGCUAUGCCUCCAAAAAUCUCCAGUUCUAUCGCCCCCACAAUGGAUUACUAACACCACCAGCAUGGGUUCCAGAAUACGCGAGAACGUCAAGCACUUUUUCGAAUGCUUCUGCGAGGUGGUGCCCCCCACGGGGGACAAAGCCGCCUGGAUCAUCCAGCAGUACCCCGACAAAUACAAAGACGAGGAAGUGCUCAAAGCUGUACCAAAUUUUGCAUAUCCUUACAAAUUCGAAAACACUGUUAUCCAGCAUUAUUCCUUCGUCCUGACGGAUUUGGAGUCGAAGUGGACGUUCGGUUUUUGCAGACAUGAUCCGAGAGGAGAGACCGCGAUUGUGGUCUUGAGUUAUCUACCCUGGCAUCAGGCGUUUUAUAAGUUUCUAGAUAACAUAGCAGUAUUAAUGACCAGUCCGCGAUCCGAAGACUUGAGCGAAUUCUUGUCGGCCGUUUACAACACGAAAUUAGCGGAAGCGGGUAAAUAUUUCACUGUUCCUUUCAACCGAGGAGAGAGUAACUUCUCUGUUGAGGUCCCUAAACCGUUCCAGUUGCCGAGUAUACCGGAAAACCGCAACCUCACCGAGUAUUACAACGCUGUGGAUUCGCACAACAUGAUGAUAAUCUUCGCGUCAAUGUUGUACGAAAGGAGGAUCAUCUUCACGUCGAAGAAACUGAAAAGAUUGAGCGCUUGUGUGCAAUCGGCCAACGAUGUGAUUUAUCCAAUGAUAUGGCAGCACAUUUUCAUUCCGGUGCUUCCGAUGGCACUGAUAGAUUAUUUGCUGGCGCCGAUGCCUUUCCUUAUUGGUGUACCUGAGGAAGUAAUGAAGAAAGUGCAGAGACACGAAAUCGGCGAAGUUGUGAUUCUGGACGCGGACGCAAACACCGUCACGACGCCAUUCGACGACCUCAAUAAUCUACCUCAAGAAGUGAUCACGUCGCUAAAACGACAAUUGAAAAAUAAGUCGGCACUAUUGGGUGAUGGUGUAUCGCGAGCGUUUCUUCGGGCUCUUGUUCAAUUAAUUGGAGGAUAUCGGGACGGACUUAGGAUACAAGAAGCGCAGAAAAUCACCUUCGAUCAGGAGAAGUUCAUCGAGACAAGACCUGUGUCGUUUCAGCCCUUCCUGAGGGAGAUGCUGCAUCUGCAAAUCUUCCAACAAUUUAUUGAGGAACGACUUGCGAUGUUGAACAACGGCCUCGGUUUUUCCGACGAAUUCGAAAUGGAAACAUUCCGCUACUCUGUCCAGUCCGGCUCGAAACUGAAGCAACAAUACAAAGACUGGACUUCAACAAUGAAAAAGGAAGGUUCAGCCUUUUUCAAAAGUGUCAAAGAAAAGGCCAAUCCGGCUGUUAAGUCCGCUGUCAAAACGGUAAAAGACGGUGGCAAGGGUGUAAAAAGUGCCUACCGAGGUCUGCGUUCCCGUCUGAAAGAAAACCAAGGACCGCAACAACUCCAAAACGGCCUCGACAGUCCUAGUGAUAAGCCGCGAUCAGCACCGAAUUCGCCGACCGGAAAACGGCGGACAUUCGCCGGCAUCAGCGUGCCUACAACAAACCACCGGAAAGAUACGGCGUUGUCUUUCAAAAGUUCAGGCUUUGAAAGGUCGUACAGUCCGCUGAGUCCGACGUCUCAGCCCAUGUCUCCAGACGGUUUGGACAAUUCACGUAGCGGGAGCCCCAAUUUGGAGUUCCCUCGUAUCGACUUGAUGAAUGAGAUGAAGGAUUUAUUGCAGCUACGCUUGGACACCCCACCAGUGGACAGAUCUCUAAAACCGGUCCGUAGCUUGGAAAACUUCAAACAGCACACAUCCCCGACGUCACACAGCCCCGACCGUUGGGUGUUUCCGUCGCGUACCGGCGCCCCCAUGGCCUCGCCCCCCAAACGUUUCUUCCUCCCCAAUCAACCCUCUUCCGAAACCCAAAACCUCCUCCUCCAAUCCCCCGACGAUGUUUUUUCCUCCCCGCCCGUUCCACCACGCGUUGCGGCCAAAGAUCUGUUCGGAACGACGCCGUUUGUGGUCGCAGGGGGGCACAGCGAAAACGGUGAUCCCCUUUUUCUUGUCGCUAAUCAACACUCUAUUGAUAUCGUUAAGCUAUCACCGCCCACUUGUUCGCCUAGGCGGAAGCCCGAAGACAUGGAGGACUUGAUCCGACUGGACUCAACAUCGGACACCGACGACUUCGAUCCACUCAAAACGAACUCAUACAGCAGCAGCGCCCCCUUGAGUCUUUCAAACCCGCUCUAUACGUACGAAAAUCACACGACAAAACAGAACGGUUCAGUGCAAAACAGAAACGAUCAGGACCUACUCCAAGAGUACGGUCUAGACUUUAGUUUCACCAGUGCGCCAAACCAACAAAUUUUCGAUCCGUUCGCUGGCACUAGUGCAAGUAACAAAGUCAAUUCUCAAAGUCAGUGGACUAGAUUCGACUGAAAAGUGAUAUUUAGCAAGAGUUUUAUACGGUUUUUAUGAAUGUGGAAAUGUGUUUUUAAUGCAAAUUUUAUUUAUACACGAGUUAUGUAUUAUAUGUUUUGGGCGGAUACAAGUUACGUAAUUUAUGUUAUUUUGUUGUUUAGUACAAUUUUUCCUAGGUAAGAGCAACCGAAACAUACCUAAAGAAGACUCGGAAAUUCUAGAAUUAGCUGUGAUACUCUCGAUUGUGUUUGAUUGGAAGAAAUCGGUUUAUUUUUGUUAAAUUGCACGAAUCCAUCAUAGACCAACAACUUAUAAAAUUGAGAAAGUUUAUUACGUCUGAACUUAAAAUAGGCUAAGCUAUAAUACUGUGAUUGUAACACUUGUAUAUUCACCUGAUUAAAUUGUAAAUGCCUCGUAA